UUGGCAACUAUUUUAAAAACAUUGUGCGGCGGCGCUGCCAUUUUGCAGCAGAAUAAUUUUCUGUUCGUUUAUUGCGUACAAUACAAUUUCCAAGAAGAAAUCCCAUUGUAAAUCCUAGUGUACGUUAGAAACAACGUUUAUGAAGUGCAAAUUUGUUUGAGCAAGUUCAUAGAAGUGUUUAUUUUGCAUCAAAAUGGCUGCCAGCGAUUCAGGGACGGACGAAUCACUGUAUCCGAUUGCUGUGUUGAUCGACGAACUGAAGAACGAGGAUGUCCAAUUGCGGUUGAACUCGAUCAAGAAACUGUCCACCAUAGCCCUGGCCCUGGGCGUGGAGAGGACGAGGUCUGAGCUCAUCCCCUUCUUGACAGAAACCAUUUAUGAUGAAGACGAAGUGCUAUUGGCAUUGGCUGAACAACUUGGAAACUUCAUCAACCAUGUCGGUGGAGGUGAAUUCGCCCACUGCCUGCUCCCGCCCUUGGAGUCGCUCGCAACCGUUGAGGAGACGGUGGUGCGAGACAAGGCCGUGGCCUCGCUGAGGGCCGUGGCCGCCCAUCACUCCCCGCAAGCCCUGGAGCAGCACUUUGUGCCGCUGGUGCAGAGACUCGCCGGCGGAGACUGGUUCACCUCACGGGCAUCUGCCUGUGGACUAUUCAGCGUCUGCUACCCCCGCGUCUCCCUCCCCGUAAAGGCAGAACUCCGGCAGCACUUCCGCACGCUCUGCCAGGACGACACGCCGAUGGUGCGCCGCGCCGCCGCGUACAAGUUUGGGGAGUUCGCGAGGGUUGUUGAGGUGGAGUAUGUGAAGCUCGACCUGAUACCCAUGUUUGUUACGCUGGCUGAGGACGAGCAAGACUCAGUCCGCCUCCUCGCAGCCGAGACCUGCGCCGCCGUGGCCGCCCUCUUACCCCCUGAGGACAUGGAGCAGCUGGUGAUGCCGACCGUGCGCACGCGCGCCGGAGACACGUCGUGGCGAGUGCGGUACAUGCUGGCCGACAAGUUCGUGGAGCUGCAGGAGGCGGUGGGGCCGGAGCUGGCGCGCGCGGACCUGGCGCAGAUCUUCCAGACGCUGCUCAAGGACUCCGAGGCGGAGGUGCGCGCCGCCGCCGCCGGGAAGGUGAAGGACUUCUGCAUGAACCUGGAGCCUGCCCACCAGGAGCACAUCAUCAUGACGAUGAUCCUGCCCCAGAUCAAGGACCUGGUCGGGGACCCCAACCAGCACGUCAAGUCCGCACUGGCCUCCGUCAUCAUGGGCCUCAGCCCCAUCGUGGGCAGACAGAACACCAUCGAGCAUCUGCUCCCAUUAUUCCUCACACAACUCAAAGACGAGUGCCCUGAGGUACGCCUCAAUAUUAUUUCUAACUUGGAGUGCGUUAACGAAGUCAUCGGAAUACAGCAGUUGGUCCAAUCGCUUUUGCCUGCUAUAGUGGAACUUGCUGAGGAUACUAAAUGGCGCGUACGUCUGGCCAUCAUUGAGCAUAUGCCACUGCUAGCGGGACAGUUGGGACAGGAGUUCUUCGAUGAAAAGCUGACUGGACUCUGCAUGAGCUGGCUGAUCGACCACGUCUACGCUAUCCGUGAAGCGGCUACCCUCAAUGUCAAGAAACUGGUGGAGCAAUACGGACCAGCCUGGGCGGAGACCAACGUCAUACCCAAAGUGCUGGCCAUGUCACGAGAACAGAACUACCUGCACCGCAUGACGUAUCUGUUCUGCAUUAAUGUUCUCUCAGAGGUGUGCGGCAAGGAUAUCACAACUAGAGUCCUUCUGCCGACGGUUCUGUCAAUGGCUGACGACAACGUUGCCAACGUUAGAUUCAACGUUGCGAAGACGUUGCAGAAAAUGGCGCCGUUCUUGGAACCGGCCGUGAUCCAGCCCCAAGUCAAGCCAGUGCUGGAGAAGUUGAAUGUGGAUCCGGAUGUCGAUGUCAAGUACUUCGCCUCUGAAGCGAUCGUCGGGAUAGCUGGUUAGAGUUUACGUUAGUCGUCACAGUAACGUUAGUAUCUGUAUUCCCUUAGUAGAUAUUUAUUCAACUAUCUAUAUUGGAUUUGUAUCAGACAAGAGAUUGAAAUAUGGCCAUUAUAUCACCGAGAUACCUUCGAAACCAAGCAUCGGUAUUCAUUGUCUAAGUUUUGCCAUCUUCAUACAUAUGUACCUACUCUGUCAUUGCCCAUUCCUAUGAACCCACGAAUGAUUUAUAGUUUCACUUUUUUAUUAGUGUUUUGUAUGUAAUAAAUUGUUUGAUUUGGAGAUUUAUUUUGACAGCAUUUAAAACUCUGCACUUAAAUAUUGUAAGUAACAAAUAAAAUUAUGUAAAAAGUA